GUCUGUCGCAACCACCUCAUUCUGAUCUGUGCUUGAGGCAUGGAGAACAGUAAGGUUCUUGUAGUUGGUGGCACUGGAUACAUCGGCAGGAGGAUUGUGCGGGCGAGCUUAGCCCAUGGCCACCGGACCUUUAUCCUGAUGCGGCCGGAGAUCGGCCUCAACAUCGAUAAGCUCCAGCUGCUCCUGUCGUUCAAAGCGCAGGGAGCGCUCCUCGUCGAGGCGUCGAUGGAGGACCAUCGGAGCCUCGUCGCCGCCGUGAAGCAGGUGGACGUGGUGGUGUCGGCCAUCUCCGGGCGUCACUUCCUGCUGCAAAUCAAGCUAGUGGAGGCCAUCAAAGAAGCUGGAAAUAUCAAGCGUUUCCUACCAUCUGAAUUCGGCAUCGACCCAGCGAGGAUGGGGCACGCUUUAGAACCAGGAAGGAUCACAUUUGACGAGAAGAUGGAGAUAAGAAGGGCAAUAGAAGAAGCAAGCAUUCCACACACCUAUGUUUCCGCUAACUGCUUUGCUGCUUUCUUUGUUCCUAACCUCUCUCAAAUGCGCACCCUUCUCCCGCCCAAAGAGAAAGUUCACGUGUACGGAGAUGGCAACGUCAAAGUGAUAUUCAUGGACGAAGAUGACGUCGCAACAUACACCAUCAAGUCCAUUGAUGAUCCUAGGGCCUUGAACAAGACAAUAUACCUAAGGCCGCCGGAAAACAUCCUUAGUCAAAAUGAGCUGAUUGCCAAAUGGGAAAAGCUCUCAGGAGAAGUCCUUGAGAGAAUUCCCAUUCCGUCUGAUGAAUUCUUGGCGUCAAUGGAAGGUACGGACAUUACAAAUCAGAUGGCGGUGGGGCACUUCCACCACAUUUUCUAUGAGGGUUGCUCAACAAACUUUGAUAUAGGGGAGGAUGGAGAGGAAGCUUCACUACUCUACCCGGAGGUUCGCUGCACCAGGAUGGAGGACUACAUGAAACGUUAUUUGUAAUUAAGAAAAUGUAUGAACCUUAACUGCCUUACCAGCAGACGUUGCACACCACAUAUGUUAGAGCAUCUCCAGCCGUUGGUCUGGGGGCUUUCGGGUUCCCAGCCGCCGGCCCCAGGGUCGCCCCCAGAAGGCGUCUUUAAUAUUUUUUGAAAAGGAAUUCGGCUAAAAUUCGGUAAA